AUGGUCAAGGUAGCUGUGGCGGGAGGCUCCAGCCCGACACUGGGGCAUUCGGUUGUCUCAGCCCUUCUGGCAACGAACGGUCGCCAUACGCCUGUUAUUCUCUCUAGGAAGAAGGUAGACGGCACCCCGGCAUUGAGCACUGCUACUUGGCCGGUCCCCGGGUCAUCGUCCACGGCGGAGGUCGAAACCCGAUAUGUCGACUAUGAAUCGGAGGAUUCACUGGUGGCAUCCUUGCGAGAUAUCGACACGGUCAUCAGCGUGCUUUUGAUCCAUGAUACGGACACUUUCGUCAGGACCCAGAUCAGGCUGCUGCAUGCUGCCGAAGCCGCGGGCUGUCGACGAUUUGCACCGUCUGAGUUUUCGGGUGCAUACGAGACGCACUCUAAAGUCGAGUUUGAGAAAAAGGCCAAGCUGCCUGUGUGGGAAGCUGUCCUCAAGUCGAGAAUCGAUGCCGCCAUCUUCUCAAACGGGAUGUUCAUGAACUACCUUGGUAUCGGCAGUCCAGAAAAAGACGGCAACCGGGCUGAUGCACUGGCUGGCUUUGCCGAGAACCCUUUCCUGUUCAACCUGGUUGACUGCUGGGUCGACAUGCCGGUGGUGGAGCGUGACGGAGACAAAGAACCACCGCCAGCUGUCAUAACGAUGACCAAUAUUCGGGACAUUGGUCGGUUUAUCGCCGCAGCAAUCGAUCUGGAGGAACCCUGGGGUAAGCGCGAGCUUGGGAUGGUGGGCUCUACUCUUCGGUUCGACGAGAUGGUGUCUCUGAUAGAAAAGUAUACAGGACGUAAGAUGGAAGUACGCCCGUUCACUAAAAAGCAGCUUCAGGACAGGAUUGCCAACGCCCCAGAUGGAGUCGCCGGACUGAUCGAGAAUCUCGAGUGCCAGUUGAAGACACUCUGCUGCGAUGGCGGGAUCCCUGUCGAGCCAACGCUCAACCGACUCUGUCCUGCCGUGAAGCCGAUGACUGUCGAGGACUUCCUGAAGAAGUACUGGGCCGAGCCAUCCGCCUGA